AUGACUAUGGUUCUUGAAAACCAAAACCGCCAGUACGGCGGCGGUAUGGGCUACAGCAAUGCGUAUCAUAACCAUGUUCACGCAGGCCCUCCGCAAUUCAAUGACGCCUGGGCCGCGCAUUCAUCUUCCCAUCCUCCGCAACCAAUCUACUCUACAUCUAUUCCCACAAGCUCUGUCGUGGUGAAUCCGAUCGUAAAGCGGGAUGAGGUCUCCCGACCUACAGCCAUCUCCUUGCCAUACGCAAGUGUGCCUGCAUCUGCCCCAUCAAUGACCACAAGUAGCAGCAGCUACAAUCCUGCUCCUUCUGCCUACAGCUGUUCUGAGCAGCAGCUUAUCGUUAUGGCCCCGGAGAUUCCGCGGACAAACUUUGAACAACCUCAGGGCUACACGUCGGCAUCCCCGAUAAAUUCUUUCACCCCGACCAACUACCCUCCCAUGGACUAUGGACAGUCGUUGCACCAACAGCAACAGCAACAGCAACAGCAGCAGCAUCAUCAUCAUCAUCAGCAGCAGCAGCAGCAACAACAACAACACGCAAAUGGAAGAAACAUCUCUCUAGGAAAUGAGCCCCCUGCGCAAACUUCACCGUCGCAAACACUACCAUCCUCCACAUAUGGCGAUGCCCUAGAUGCCAGUCGCGGCAUGGUCGCGCUGAGUCAGGAUCUGGCAACUCCUCGAAAUAUCUACGGACCUCAAAAUAUCAGGGGAUCUCGAGAGGCCUACUGUUUUACGUCCGCGCAUUCAUCCGCUUCAUCAAUUUCUUCAGCGGGGAAUUGUCCAUAUUACAGUGCGUCUGUUGUUUCUGUCGAUUCUUCCGUCACCGACUAUAGCUCUACAACUUCAGAAUCCCAUGAUGCCAUGCCAUCGCGAACCCUUCCUCGACCGUCAGGUCUCAUACACGGUGCCAUACCCGGGCCACAGUCGAUGAUGGGCCAGUUCAGUUCGAAAAUCCCAUCGAACACGCAAAAAAAGCACAAGUGCAAAAUUUGCGAUAAACGAUUCACCCGUCCUUCUUCCCUGCAAACGCACAUGUACAGCCACACAGGCGAAAAACGGUGUGGACGUCACUUCUCUGUUGUAUCGAAUCUUCGACGACAUAACAAAGUCCACAAGGGCGAAAAAGAGUCUCAGUCGCCGGAACAACAGCAAGAAUGA